AUGCGCGCUGCCCGGUGCUUUGCGGCUCAAUGCCAAAGUCAGCAAUUCCGUUCAGCUCAUGCAUCAGCCAUGAUGCGAUCUGCUACGGCUGUCGAUGCCAAUCAGAAUGGCCGCUUCGUGAGUCUACUACCUGUAGCGGCCGCCAUGGCGCUCAUCGGUGCGGCCAGCGUAGCCAGCGGAUAUGAUAACUCAUCUUCUAAGUGCGAGGGCGCGGCUAAGCCUGUGAGCCGCGAAGCCGUUUCCCAAGCAAUGCUGAAAGAGGUCGUAGCUAAACUAAAUCGCAUCGAAAGUGCUGUGGCCAACCCGCACCGCCACACAGACGGCUUGAACGCCGGUGUAGAUGUUGUGCUUGGCGCUCAGUGGGGUGAUGAAGGAAAAGGAAAACUCGUGGACAGUUUGUCUCAAUCGUAUGACGUAAUUGUGCGAGUGGCUGGCGGCUCAAACGCUGGUCACACUAUUGUACACGAGGGUAAGAAGUACAAAUUUCACCUAGUGCCGUCUGGUAUUUUAAAUCCAAACGCCACAUGCAUUAUCGGUAACGGUGUCGUGGUGCACUUGCCGAGUUUUCUUGAAGAGCUCGAGGAGCUCAAGCGAAUGGGCGUUGACUGUGAAGGUCGGAUCUUUAUCUCAGAUCGUGCCCACAUGGUGUUGGAUCUGCACCAGGAAGUUGACGGCAUUAACGAGCUGCGUCGCGGCAGAAACAAAAUUGGAACUACCAAGAAAGGUAUAGGUCCAGCUUAUUCGUCCAAGAUGCUGCGCAAUGGUGUGCGUGUCGGCGACUUGCGCUAUUUCGAUGACUUUACUGAAAAGAUGCGUGACUUGGUCAAGUUUUAUCAAGACAAUUACCCAGAGCUUGAUGCAGAUGUCGAGGCUGAAAUUAAAGUUUACAACGACAUGAAGGAUAUAAUUCUGGGCAUGACUGUAGACUCGGUAUCGUACUUGAACAAUGCUUAUGUGGCGGGCAAAAAGAUUUUAGUCGAGGGUGCUAACGCCACGAUGCUUGAUAUUGACUUUGGCACGUAUCCAUAUGUUACAUCAAGUAACCCGAGUAUUGGCAGUGUCUGUACCGGAGGUGGUAUCUCGCCGAAUCGUUUGAAUGGUAUCAUUGGUAUUGUCAAGGCGUACUGCACACGAGUUGGUGAAGGUCCCUUCCCUACGGAACUACACGACAAAGUUGGUGAACAUUUGGGCACAGUUGGUGCCGAAUUUGGCACGACCACGGGUCGCCCUCGUCGCUGCGGUUGGCUGGACAUUCCACAAAUGCGCUACUCAAACAUGGUCAAUGGCUUUACCGAGUUGAACUUAACCAAAUUGGACGUGCUAACGGGUCUAGAAAAGGUGAAAAUCGGAGUCGCAUACUGGUACAAAGGCAAAAAGUUGGAUGGUAUGCCAUCAAAUCUGCAGCUACUUCAGGAUUCUGUCGUAGAAUACGAAGAGUUGGAUGGGUGGUCGGAGGACAUCUCGAAAUGCAAGACUUUUGAAGAAUUGCCACGUGCGGCUCAAAUGUACGUUUUGCGUAUAGAAGAGCUGCUGGGUACGCACAUUAAAUGGAUUGGCGUUGGCCCGGACCGCUUUGACGUGAUCACGCGCCCACAUCCGUUGGAGAAGGCAUACAGUUCAAGCAACUAG